AUGCCACAGAUAAAGACCAACCAGAAGAGAAAAAAGGAUGAUCCCAAUACGAGAGAUAUUUUUGGUCGCAAUUCAUCUUACAUUUGGAGUUGCCUCCCGACUAUGAAGGGUGUAGAAUCUGUAGAUGUCUAUUCGCAUGAUUUAGAAAAUGGUUAUACCCCCUUGCAUGUGACGUUGAAGAAUGGGCAUUUGCGGAAGAGCUAUACUUUGUAUAAGCGCUGGAAAAACGAAACGGAGUUUUUGUCGCAUAAAUUUGGUGGGCACGUUUUAAAUCAGAUGGAUAGGGAGGGUCUCAAACCGUUAGAGCUUUAUAAUAUUGAAUUUCAAACUCACAUUCAGAGAUAUCCGAGAUUUGUUGGAUACGGAAAAGAAGGAUCACCUGAAAUCGCAUGGCAGAACGAUACUCCUAAAUCUUCACUCAAUGUGAAAAAUAGUUUUAUGAGUAUACCAGCAGAUAUAGAAUCAGAAGUGGCAUUACAAACGAGGGGAGGAUCUCACAUUUUAACUCUGGGGUCCAAUGUGAAUUAUCAAUUAGGCACAGGCACAAAAGAUGAUCGUCAAAAUAUGUUUCAGCUUGGAAUAAAUCAGUUGAGCAAUCAUGAGACAGAUAGCGAUAAAAUUAGCUUCAUCAAGAUUAUAAUGACCAGAUAUCAUUCGAUAGUCCUAACUUCAACGAAUAAAAUAUUUACUUGUGGUAAUGCGUCGAGAGGAAGAUUAGGCAACGGAAUAACUGACACGCCACAGUUGAACUUCACUGAAACUUUAGACCUGCAUGACUCAGGGGUGUCAGACGUAGUUUCUAGCAACCAUCACUCGCUUGUUCUAACGAACAAUUCGGAUAUUUAUAGCUGGGGCUGGAAUGGGUAUGGCCAAUUAGGCUACCCUACUAACAAUAAGAUUAAUGACGAAAAAUUACUUGAAAAGGUUUGUGGCUCUGUACCUAAGAGAAUACCUUUUUUUGAUGACAAAGAUGUAUUGACAAUUGCAUGUUCAAAGGUUCAUUCAUGUGCCGUUACGAAAACUGGGAGAGUGUAUUUAUGGGGCUUAAAUCUUGGUCAAAUGGGUGGGCCUAAACCCACUCACCUGAGCCCUGAUACCGAGUAUGAAGGUCAAAAUGGUUAUAUUAUAAGCUCUCCGGUAUGCAUAAAUCUUUCACAUUUAUCUAUUCAACAGAUUGUUUGCACAGAUUUUGCUACUUUCAUCAGGUCAAGCAAUAACACCUUACAUGUCUAUAGUAAUUACAUGUUCAGGACGUUCAAAAUACCUCUGCCGCGAGCUAAAACUUUCAAAGAAAUAGAUGCAUUUGCCCACUUUGCUCCAAGAGAAAUCCCGUCUGAAGUAGUAGAUAUGAAAUGUAGCAAUUCAUUUGGAAACAACAUCUGUUUUAAAUAUACUUGUGGAAGGGUAGGAAUGAUAACAAUGAAGGACGAGUCUUCAAAAAUUUGGACCAAGUUUCCAAACUCCUUACCAGUCACAAUUUGCUGGAUACCAAAUAUCCAAUCAAGAAAGUGUUUAGAUUUUGCUGUAAGCUGUAAGGGGUGUUUAUUGAUAACAACCUUGGGCGGCGAUGUUUUUACUGUUACGGCUAGCAACUUUACGGCAGAACAAAUUUACAGCAACAAGUUAGUAUCUGGAAGGCCCAUCGGCGUGUCUUGUGAUCCAUCAUUUGGAUCAUUUGCAAUAUUAAAAGAUGAAAGAUUUGAGGUGCCCAUAAUAUAUCCCAAGGAUAACUUGAUAUAUGAUUUAUCCCAAUAUUCGCCAUUGAGCGGCAUUUCGCCGACAGCUUCGGCUACUAUGAGAGGUUUCUCCUCCACACUUGAAUUUAAAUUGGCAAAUUAUCACUACAAUUUUGAGAUCAAUGAGAAAGUCGAUGAGCUUGCUGAAUCAAAACGAGAUAUUUUCAGCUUACUACCCUUUACUUCUCAGCAUCUGCCCAAGUUUAGCGGACGCAGAAAUAGCGAUUUGAAAUAUGAUGUAACGAUAGUAGAUCCGCUAGGAAAACCUAUUCUCGAGUGCCAUAAGUUAAUAUUACAAAACAGAUGCUCGAAAUUGAAGCAAUCCCUUAUUGGCCACGGUAGAUUUAUCACCAGAGAUGGUUGUCUUCAAAUUUCUCUUCUUUCAGGAAUUAAUGACGGUAACUGGAUUCUUCAAGCAUCAAGCCCCAAUAUCUCUCCCCUCGAUCUUUCCAAAACAUUAAAACAGAUAGUACACUUCUUAUACACUGACGAAAAACCGCAUAGUCUUCAUAUUCCCAAGUUGUUAUUUGAGUUGAUGGAUAGUUCGUAUCAUUUGACGCAACUCUCACAUUCUAUGCAAAGAUUACUUUACUCUUCCGUCAUUCAAGAGGGACUUGAAUAUUCAGGCGAUGUUAUUUUGGAGUUAAAGGAUGGUUUUGUUUGUGGCCAUUCUCUGCUUUUGUCGUCGAGGUGCUUAUUUUUUCAAAAAUGCCUGAAAGACCAGUGGCGUCACACAAACAAUGAAGGUUUAAAUGUGAUUAAGUUGGACAAUGUUGAAAGUGCUUCCACCUUCAACAUCAAUUGCAUACUGAAGUAUAUUUACGGUGUUCCUUAUAAUGAAAUUUUAGACAAAAUCAAAUUUGACCAAGAAACAGAGUACAUUCAAUUUUACCUCGAAAUGCUUGAGCUGUGUGAUCAGUUGGAUAUUGAAUGUUUCAAGAACUAUGUGGAGGGUGUUAUCGUGAAAUAUAUGAAUGGCGAAACGGCGGUACCAAUUUUAGUAAAUGCAGUGAAUUCCAACAGUCGACUGCUAGCAGUGAAUUGCUGCUGGUAUAUUUGUACUCAUGUUGGUUUACUCUUCAUAAAGGACAAUAUAGAUAUAAUCGAGCAAUAUUUUGAUGAUACAAUUUGGGAAUUACUCGAGGGUGUUUUGAAAGAACUGAAAUAUGGCGAAAACAAAGAUGCUGGUAUCUCCUGGUAUGAGGAUGCAUCCACGAACUGGUUAAAAUAUUUUCAAGCGAACCUUGAAAUGUUCAAUGAGCGCUUCAUGGAUCCUAGAUUCCUUUUCAUCCCAGUUUUUGACUUCAAAUCUGACACUACCGAAAAUUUGGGCCGGAGAAAUAAAAAAUCGAAUCGAAGAAGGUCCUCCAAUUAUUCUUUCAAUAAAAUUCAACAACAUUCAGUGAUAUGCGGCGAUUCAAACAGUGCCAGAAAAGCACCGAUCACCAGCAAUACUUCCAAUAAUGCCAUACCUAUACGAAAAAAUUCGUGGAAUUUUAGCGAGAUAGCCAGCGACAACGAGGCUGUAAUCGAUACCGAAGAGUUUAUUGAUGUCGUAAAAAAAUCGAAGAGGCGAAUGUCUUCUCAAGCUCCACAUGUAGUAGAAGCACAGGCGCCAGUGCCCAGCAGCAAAGUCGUUGUUCACAAAUCGAAAGAAACAGCAGAAGAGGAUUUACCAUCGUUGCUGCCCAGUACGAGCAAAUCAGUAUCUCCUUCUCCUGUGUUUGCCAACGGAAACAGCACUUCUAAUGCAAAGAUUACUGGAGCCUUUAAAAAGGAAUCUCAAAAGCAAAGAAGAAAACAGCUUACAGAUCAGGAAACAAAGCAGGAGCCUCGUUCCACAAAGAAGACAGUAUGGGGCGGUCCAUCAUCUCCCUCGGUUACGAAUUCUGUUGCUUCAAGUGGUAGAAAAUCAUUGCCGUCAUUGUAUGAUGAUGGUUCAACAGGGGAGCUGACGCAGACGAAGAAAGAAAAGAAGAAAAUGGCGUGGAGCAAUUCCACAAAUACUGAGUUUGUCAGCCAUGGGAACCUUUCCGGAAUCACACCUUACCUUUAUAAAGUUUCAAUGGCGCAAAGUGCAACCUCGACUUCAAAACCGGUGCGCAACGCUGCUCUACCUGAAGCCCCACCGAAACCAAAGCUCUCGCUUGAAGAAAGAGUAGCUGCACAAGAGUUUGAGAAAUGGUUUGCGGAGGAAAGCGCAAAGGUACAAACUCAGCUGAAGAACGACAAACGCAAGGCUCGUGACGAGAUGCAGCUGAUGUACAAUGCUGCAAAUAAUCUACCGGAUUCCAUUAUAGGAUCCAGUGAGUUUCAAACUAGCUCCAAGAAAGGUAGGAAAUUGAAUCUCAAGUUUCAAAAUAAAAACAAGGACAAAAGCCUUAUCAGAACACUACAAUAA